UCCGGCGGCGCGAGAGGUGCUGUGUCCUUCAGCUGAAGCUAAGGCCGAGUCCCAGCCGGCGACUAGCACCGCGCACCACCGCCUCCUCCUCCUCCUCCUCGCCAUGGCCUCCGUUUCCGAGCUCGCCUGCAUUUACUCCGCGCUGAUCCUGCACGAUGACGAAGUCACCGUCACGGAGGAUAAGAUCAAUGCACUUAUCAAAGCGGCUGGAGUGAAUGUUGAACCUUUCUGGCCAGGCCUGUUUGCAAAGGCUUUGGCCAACAUUGACAUCGGAAGUCUCAUCUGCAACGUUGGAGCGGGUGGCGGGGCUCCAGCUGCUGCAGCCCCGGCUGGAGGAGGGGCCCCUACAGGUGGUACAGCUCCUGCUGAAGAGAAGAAAGAGGAAGAGAAGAAAGAAGAGUCUGAAGAAUCUGAUGAUGACAUGGGCUUUGGUCUCUUUGACUAAGCUGCUGACUUUUGUACUCUUUUACAAUAAAGAUACAAAUAUGUAAGUGAA